AUGUUCGAUGAGGUGACCGGUGAACGUUUGGGCGAAGGCAAGGAUCCCUGUAUUAUUGGCGUCUAUGAUUUCACCUCAACUUUUAUAUAUUCCAUGGAGACACAGACCACCAUUGGUUAUGGUGAAAAAUAUCCCAGUGAAGAGUGUCCGGAGACAAUGUUUCUAUUUAUAAUGCAAAUUGUUUGUUCCAUAGCCAUUGAGGGUGCAAUGGUUAGCAUCAUAUAUGCGAAGACAGCGAGACCGGCGAAACAAAUAACCAAAAUGAAAUUUAGCAAUAAAGCUGUGAUCUGUUAUCGUGAUGGUAAACUGUGUUUAUUGUUUCGGGUCUGUGAUCCACGAGAGCAGCAUAGUAUUGAAACGAAGAUACGAGUUUAUAUGAUCAUCGAUAGGCCCACCAAAGAAGGAGAACUCAUUAAAACCCACACGGAAUUAGAAUUGGAAAAUAAUGGACAACAAAUGAUUGUCUGGCCGGAUACAGUUUGUCAUGUUAUUGAUGAGAACUCACCGCUGCGACAUUUCAAAUGUGCCAAGGAUUUGGUAAAUGCCCAAUUUGAAUUAUAUAUUAGCAUUGUGGGUGUAUCACCGGCCACGGCACAAGUGACCGAAGCUCGUACCUCAUAUAUACCACGGGAAAUAUUUUGGGGUCAACGUUUUGUUAAUAUUAUCAAAUAUGAUGCCCAAAAUGAACGUUACGAAGUGGAUUAUAGUAAUUUCAAUACAACAAUAUCGGUUGAUAUGACGAAUAUUCACGAUGCCAUAAAGAGUGGCAAACAAGAAUAG